CUGCUGUGUAUCCAGAUGACAGGUGGUGGAGGCUGUCAGCAUGAUUCAGCAGUGCCCCCUCCCAAGGCCCUAGCCCUCCACCACAUACCAACACAGAUCUUUCCGGGGUGCUUUUGCACCAUUAGUCCCACAUGGGCAACAGCAUCAGGCUCAGAGAGAGAGAGAAGGCGGUUGAACUACUGGCAUGGCUACUUCAGCGUGUUAGCAGUGGUCUUGAGAACAAAUAACAACUCACCAUGGACUGAUGAGUUUGACAAAAUUGAGUUAUCAUGUUUGAUUGAGUCCAUUUCGACAACUAAUCCCAGAAUUGAAUGGAAGAAGAUAACAAGUGAGGGACCAAGUUAUGUGUACUUUGACAAGAAGAUCUCAGGUGACCUGGAGAACAGAGCGGUGAUCAGAGAACCUGCCACAUUACUGAUAACCAAUGCCACAAGGUUGGAUACAGCGAAAUAUCGUUGUGAGGUCACUGCCGCUGAUGACCAGAAGUCAUUUGAUGAGAUUGAGAUUGACCUUGUUGUAAGAGUAAAGCCAGUGGUGCCAAAAUGCAGUGUCCCAAAAUCAGUGCCUUUUGGGAAGUCAGCUGAGCUGAGCUGUGUGGAGGAGGAGGGCUUCCCCAAGUCUCAGUACCAGUGGUUCAAGAACAGGGAGGAGAUUCCUGAUGACCCAAAGACUAGCCUCAAGUUCGUCAACUCCUCAUACACACUCAACGCAGAAACAGGAACUCUGAAGUUCAUCGCAGUCAGAAAAGAAGAUGCAGGCGAGUACUUUUGCCGAGCGAAGAACAAUGCAGGAUACGCUGAGUGUCCACCCCAGCAGAUGGAAGUCUAUAAUAUUGAUGUUGUUGGGAUUGUACUGGGAGCGCUGGUGGUGGCCAUAGUGCUCUUAUGUAUAACAGUGGGGAUCUGCUGUGCAUACAAGCGAGGCUUCUUCUCCAGCCAAAAACAGACAGGGAACAACUACAAAGUUCCAGCUAAAGGAGAUGGGGUGGACUAUGUCAGGACGGAGGAUGAGGGGGAUUUCCGACACAAGUCGUCAUUUGUUAUCUGAAAAAGGAGAGGCUGGUGAGGGGCAUUGUGCUGAGUGAAAGACAUGACACGUGGGACUGCACUCCACGCUGUCUGACCACGGAGCUGCCACAGUUCAUGCUCUGAGCUCAGCAUGACUGAAAUCCAACUACUCAAGUUUGCCAAAGGUGACAAGAUUCCACAGGACAACAUUAUCUACAACUAUUACACAUGUAGGGACUGAGAUUCAUUUGUCAACUUUUAUCACCACCAACUGAAUUCUUAUGCUAAAUUAUGGAGUUCUUACUUUACAGUCAUUGCAUGGUUUCAAACACCAGUCGAGGUGGAGAAAAUGAAACAUUUCUUUGUUCUGCCAGGUAGAAAAGGAGGAGUCUCUUUCCUCCAAAGUCAGUCUAUCAUGACACCUUUCUACUGUAAACAUUUAGCUUCAAGCCUUUUGUCAUUUGUAUAACAUUUCUUUUCUACUGUUGAAAUUUGUCAGACUAUUUUUGAUGGAAUAUAUUUUAAAAUGCCUAUAGAUAAAGGUUUACUUUUUUAAAUAUUUGUAAAAUACUAACAUGUGUUGUUUUUUUUUUUUAUUUGGUUGUGGAUAAAAACAUGUAACAUUUUAACCACUUUGCAUCAAGCUGUAAGCUUUUACACCUUUGCAAUCGGAAGAAAGAAAGACAAAUGAAAAAUUACUUGUAUUAGCAUAUCAAGAUGUGGUUCUUGAUCGGCGGUCUUACAUAUUUAAUUUCUCCACUGGAAAUGCCCAGUUUCUGUUGUGAGAGAAUUCCAUGUUAAUGUUUGUAGAUAGUCUUUGUAAGAGGCUUUGCGGAGUGCCAGUCUAAUGCUGUGAAACACUGUACACAAUCAGUGCUGCAUUUUCUUGAUUUAAGUGUCCUUCUAUGCUUGCUGUUAAUCUUGUAUAUAUUGAAUUUACUGUCCAGGAUCGAGUUUUGCUGUCAUACGUAUGUUCAGUAUUACACUAUAAAAAUAAUAAUAAUCAUCAUCAUCAUAGUAAUAGGACAGGGUUUGUAAGUUAACCCUCCAGACCCAAACAAAACUAGAGGAAAAUCUGCUUGAAAAGUUGUAAUACUGAAAAACUAGACAUGGUACUUUCACUGUGUAAACACCUCUAUUUGAAUUCUGAAUAGAAACAAAUAAGAUGAUACAGAGAACAAAGAUCUUUCUGUUGCUGUGAGUGACAGUUCAAGACUUUGUUAUUUUAACUACUGAGUCAGCUAUUUUUAAGCUACAAUUACAAAAAGUACCAACGUCAGUGAAAAUGCCCCACCUCUAAAGUAAAUCACAAUAUGCAAUCUUUGACAUGAAUCCUGGUUGAUAUUUGCUGAUGUCCAAUCUGUUUACAAGCUAUUUUUAUUAAUACUAUAGAGAGUAGACCUUAUCUAACAUUUUUAACCUUUAGUUGUGACUAAAUGUUUUAGUUGGAAAGAAAAAUCAUCUUAGGUUUGACUGAAGCUCAUAUUGUACUCAUUCCUCUCAGCACAGCUGAAGGCACACAGAACUGACCCCACACCAGUGUUACAGUAAUAUACAGCUGGGGUCUGGAGGGUUAACAGCUGGACUGAUUGUAUAUAGAUAUUUCUUUUCUCUCUCUCUCUCUCUCAAGAUUAUGUAAAGUGGUGAAAAAUGUAAAAAAAAAAAAAAAAAUCCUAUUUGAGGCGACAUGAAACUCUUUCCAUUUGUAAGACUGAGAAACGGUAACAUUUUAUCACAUCAUUCAUAGCACACGAACAAGAGCUUCUUAACAGUACCACGGCAAAUUCAGCCACGAUUCAACCCUAGUGUCAGUUUAAAAAACACACAGCUCGCUGGUUUUUGAUAUGUAACUUCCAUGCAGCUCAUACGAAUCUCUUGUUCAGCUGUUAUGAAUGCAUCAGCAAGUGUGGUAAAAUGUUAAACUAAAUUUCAGUCAUGGUAGAGACGAUCUGCCCAACAUUUGCACAUAGGAAGUUGUCAACACUGCUCAGACUUUUUCCAAGUUAACACGUUGCAUUAAGGAACCAAGAGAAAACGUUUCUAAGUGUACUAUUAACCCAAUUAAGUUUGCAUAUGGAUCCUGUUGCAGGUACACUGUAUGGUGAGAGACAAGUCACGCAGCACACAGAUGCAUACAUUUCCCCUCAUUUGUACAAAUGUCAUUCCUCUUAAGUGCCUUCUGCCUUUAAAGUAGUCCAGUUUCUCUACAGCCAUCCUCUCUCCCACUGGAACAUUUCUACGACACUGUCGGAAGCGUCGUGUUAUGCAUUCAUUUAACCACAAGCACGGCGUUUGAGAGGAAUGAUAUCGCCACAAAUUUCCCCUUCCCUUCUUUACAUACGUAUCUGCAAAUUUGUAAAUAGCUUUUUUCAUAGAUUUGAAGGUGUAGACAUGUUGAAGUAGAAAUAGAAAUAUAUUAGUGCCUAAAUAUAGUGGGAAUUAUUUUUGGUAAAGACACAUAGCACUAUUAGGCAAAAGAAAAAGAUGGAUACCCAAAGCAGGGACAUUUAUAUUUUUAAAGUAGAGUUCAUGCAAAGUGUCAGCCUCAGACAACAAACAGGAAUUCAUGUACAGCAGCUACAUGUAGGCCUCCGUUUAGCCCACAGGCAGUCCUGAACAGGUCUGUCUGUAAUCUGGUUAGAUGCUGUAAGGCGGCGGUGACAGAGAUUAUAUUUACUUCACAGUGAGAGACGGUUUCCAGUGUGUGUUCUGUAUUAGGGGGAAGUUAAACCAAGCUAACUCACCACUGUCUUUCAACUCAAGGGUGGCAGCGCUCCACUGAUCCAGCACUGUCAACCUGUUGUUGACUGAGGACUGGUACAUCAUGUAAGAAAACACCAUGUUCUGAACCAAGCUCAUAUACAGUACGAUGUCCAUUUGGGGCCUGCUGGGGUUGUUUUUGUUCAUUUUAGAACCACUCUAUUUGUGAUUAAUAAAACUCACUUCUAAUAUUA